UUGUACACUUCACCCUACAUAAAACAAAAACCCCAUAUACUCUAGAUACUCAACUACUGAUACCCUGUUAGCAAAUAGCCACACAUAGACACUACCCCACAUUGGCACCAUGAUAUAUCUACAGAGUUGCUGCUGCUGCGUGGAUCUGCGAAUCGGAACCAUAGCAAUCGGAAUUCUGCACAUUAUAGCGGAUAUCCUUGGAGGCACCUUUGUUGCCUUAUUCGGGGAGUCGGGUAUUCCCGAUUUGGGACACACCCUCUUCAUUAUCUUCGUGAUGCUGCACAUACUGAGCUGCGUUUUCCUGAUCAUCGGCAGUAUACGGUUACGGAGCAGCUGGAUGCUCUUCUACAUACUAAUGACUAUGAUCAUGGCGGUAGCAAUGCUCAUAUUGAUAGUAUCCGACGUCAUACUCGUCGUUUGGUUCUGGGUAAUGAUCACGUAUGGUAUAAUGUUCUUUGUAUGCCUUUAUUUCUGGCUAGUGGCGUACUCCUUUUACGCCGCCUUGGGAGGACCUCUCUUCAUCUGAAUGCGAUCCUUUGCAAAGUAAUAAAUUGUACUGU